UGCUGACGGCGUCCCAUUCCUCAUGCAUGAUGAGGAACUCACCAGGACCACCAACGUGCAGGCUGUAUUCCCUGAGAGGGCUGCCCUGAACAGCACUGCCUUCAACUGGACAGACCUCCAGCAGCUGGAUGCUGGCAGCUGGUUCCUGGAGCGGAGGCCGUUUCCCACUGUGCAGAGUCUUUCUGCUGGCGAUCGCUACAACGCAGCUAAACAGAGGAUCCCAUCCUUGGGACAGGCGCUAGAGGCAGCGAAGCAGAGCAAUAUCUCCAUCAUGUUUGACCUCCGGCCUGAGAACCACAGUAACUACCAGAGCUUCGUCAAUGCCACCCUGGAAGUGAUCUUGCUGUCAGGCAUCCCACUACAGCAGGUCCUCUGGUUGCCAGAUGGGUUUAGGGAACAGGUCAAACAGCAAGCCCCAGGCGUUCAGCAAGUUUAUGGCCGGAAGAGACUCCAGAAUGAGAAGGAGCCACUGCUGCAUGUCAAUCUGCCCUACCAGGACAUGAGCCCUGAGGAGAUCAGGCAGUACCGCCAGGACAACAUCUCUGUCAACUUGUAUGUGGUGAACCAGCCCUGGCUCUUCUCUGUGCUGUGGUGCUCUGGGGUGAGCUCUGUCACCACCAAUGCCUGCCAGGUGCUAAAGGCGAUGAAACACCCCAUCUGGCUGCUCCCCAGCAGCACGUACCUCAUGAUCUGGAUUGUUGUAGACUGCACUUCCUUCCUUGCCAUCCUCUGGGCCUUCUUCUUGCUGAAGAAAUGCUCCCAGAGAAGACGGCCAGUGGAGUCCGAGACAGACGUGCUGCUCACAAAGAUCAACAGCUUGAUGCAAGAGUGA